UGAGGAUGUAAGUGCGUUUGAAGGCUCUCAUACCCUUUCCUCCAGGACAGAAUCAUGAAUAAACUGGAGGACAAGCAGGACCAGAUGAUACCAUGAAGAGAAGUUUACAGGCCCUCUAUUGCCAACUGUUAAGCUUCUUCCUGAUCUUGGCAUUGACAGAAGCACCAGUAUUUGCCACCCAGGAACCGUCUCCCAGGGAAUCUCUUCAGGUCCUCCCCUCAGGCACCAUGGUGACAGCACCCCUCGACUCUACCAGACAGUCAUCCGUGGUGACCGCCCCUUCUUCCACAUUGACCCUGACCCACCACCGGGAUGGAGCCUCCUCACAGGCUACAGCUCCCGCUAUGACAACAGCGUCCCACCCAGACGGACACCCUCCUACCAGUGCCGCCUCCACCCUGACAGCAGCAACCACCCCCUACUCCGAAGGCUCCCUGCCCAUGGGGCCCCUUCCUGCGGCCAUGGCAACCACACCCCCCCACUCUGAGAGCCGCCCCCCAGGGGAGGCUGUGCCCACUCUUCUACUGGCGAAGCCAACAGCAGCCACCAGUCACCCCACCUCAGCACCUAGCCGGGGGGCCACACGCAGGCCCCCGAGGCCCCCAGGCUCAUCCCGAAAGGGGGCUGGUAGUUCAUCACGCCCUGUCCAGCCUGCAUCCGGCGGCCACACUGGGAGAAAGGAAGGCCAGCGAGGCCGAAAUCAGAGUUCCACGCACCUGGGGCAGAAGCGGCCCCUGGGCAAAAUCUUUCAGAUCUACAAAGGAAACUUCACAGGGUCUGUGGAGCCUCACCCCUCUGCCCUCACCUCCAGGAGUCCACUGGGGAGCGGCGACUCCCCACCGCAGCCCCAGACAGUGGCUGCAACCCUGGUGCCCAGCAGGACCUCAUGGGCACCUUCUACCACCCCCCUGGUGCCUACAGUGGACAAGACAGGACCUGGCCAAGCAGACCAGGGGGGUCGGUCUGCCUUCACCAGCCACGGAGGGAUGCCGGACACCACGGCAGCCUCAGGUGCCCCCAGCAGCCCACAGGCUGCCCCAGUGCCUUCUCAGCACCAUCGCGGUGACCCGCGGGACAGCCCCAGCCACACUGACGCCUGGCUUACUGUCACCCCUGGCAGCAGCGGGCCUCCCGCUGCCAGCUCUGGGGUCGACAAGGCCUCCACGGAGCCCACACAGGCUGCCUUCGACGCCAGUGUCUCUGCCCCUCCCAAGGGCAUUCCUCAGGGAACAUCCUCAACCCCGCAGGUCCCGACCCAGCCCCCUGCAGUCCCAAGAAGCUCUGCUUCCCCGGCUGCAGAGGAGACUGUGGAGGAGACUGCGGCCACCCCCACCAUGUCCGACAGGGUGCCCGGCCCUCUCUCCACAACAGUGUCCACAGCCACGGGGAACUUCCUCAACCGCCUGGUCCCUGCAGCGACCUGGAAGCCCGGAACCGCAGGGAACAUCUCCCACGUGGCUGAAGGGGACAAACCCCAACACAGAGCCACCAUCUGCCUGAGCAAGAUGGACAUCGUCUGGGUGAUUCUGGCCAUCAGUGUGCCCAUCUCCUCCUGCUCUGUCUUGCUGACUGUGUGCUGCCUGAGGAGAAAGAAGAAGACGGCCAACCCAGAGAACAACCUGAGCUACUGGAACAACGCCAUCACCAUGGACUACUUCAACCGGCACGCUGUGGAGUUACCAAGGGAGAUCCAGUCCCUUGAAACCUCUGAGGACCAGCUCUCAGAGCCCCGCUCCCCAGCCAAUGGCGAUUACAGAGACACUGGGAUGGUCCUCGUUAACCCCUUCUGCCAAGAAACACUGUUUGUGGGAAAUGACCAAGUGUCGGAGAUCUAACUGCAGCCCUCGCCUUGUGGGUCUCUACUUUUCAUCUCUAAAUUAUAACUAUACAAAUAUAUAUUAUAAAUAUAAUCUUUGUGUAACCCUGACUUAAUGAGACACAUUUUCUGCUUUUUUUUUUCCCCUAAGAAUUGUCAACAUCUUUUUUAUAAGUGUGGUUUAAAAAAACUUUACAGAACGAUCGUGGCUUUAUAAAAUAAAGAUAUUUCUAAGCAAAGCAGUUGCAUUGAUUGCUUCUCUUACUAACUGCCCGUGAGCACCUGGAGGCCCCAGCAGCCCGGGCUGGUGAGGGAAGAGACGGACCUGCAGACGUGCACCUUCGCGGCUUCUUAAGCUGGUUCCUCUUGAUCCUGUGACCUCACCUGCUCCUGGCCUGUGACACCAGUGAAAGGAGCAGUGGACCUGUGUCGGCAGCAGAGAGGGAGCCCUCGCCACCCCGAGGACGUGUACCUGGGACCUGGCACCAUCAGCUGUCCGUGUCAUCAAGUUAUGGACACAGGCAGGCGCUUGCUGCCUCAGGAACCCGUAGAGGACAUCAAGCAUCGAGGGCCCCGUGCCCCUAACCUCACUGGCGGAAAGCUUUCACUGUGCGAACAAGACGGCCUUUCCCUGGCCGAACAAAGGCUACGUCUGGAGCACGUUCCUGCGUCCUCUCCGCAUUCCUGCAUCCUCUCCACCACGUCUGCAUCAACACGCCGUGCCUUUCUCUGGAGAGAAUUUAGACGCUGACCCCAGCCCUGGGGCUUUAGAAUGUUUGUCCUGAAAAGAUCCAGUGUUUAUUGGGGUUCAGGUUUGUGUUCUCAAAAGGCCAUUGCAUUGAGCCCCUGAGGAACAUGUGUAAGAAGCCAUGAGUGUGGGGCUGUCCUUUUCCUGCCAUCUUGAGACAACCAGAUUGAGGGAAGGGCCACUGGAGAAGUUGUCUUGAUGCCCCUCCUCUGGGCGGCAGACUGCCUGGGGGUCAGCAGGUGAACUUGCCACCCAGCCCUCGAUUCCUUACCUCCCCUGCAUUGCUCCCUCCAUUGGUGGGGUCCUCUGCCCCCCAGCCCCUGCUCACUGCUGCAUCCAGCAUGCCCUGGGGUGUCAAACCCUCAGAGACCAGCAGGGACUCCCAGCAAUGGCUGUUCUCUAUUUUUUUUUUCCUAAUAGAUAGUGGCUGGGAGAGAAGAUAACUGCUUUGGCAUUUCCUUUCUCUAAAAGAAAUAGUUUGAUAGUAUAUUUUGAAUAUAGAUGUUCUUAUAGUCAGAUCGAGAGUUGAAAUUGAAUGUUGGUUCAUAUGUUCGUGUUGUUGCUGUAGUCUUUCGAUCAUGACCUUUUUUCCUUUCUUCCUGCAUUUUCUUUUAAAAAAAGAUGGCCUUCAAAAAUGUGUGUUCUCCAUGUUGUAUGAACCUACUUAGUAUGCGUUUCCUGAUUGUCUCUCUUUCAAAGACUCUUUAACCCAAAAAGAAGCAGGUUAAUUGUUGCUCUGAGAUUCGCUUUCUGGUGUGCUGCUGUCUGGCUUUUAACCUUACCAUAAUAUUUCUGUCAGCUAUUGUAUUUAAUAUAUAAAUGUGUGUGUGUAUAUACAGAAAGAGAUCUGUUUGUAAAGUAAAACUUAUAUAUAAUAUAUGUAGUCAA